AUGGCUACCGUAUACCAAGGCCAUCCCCAUGAUGAGCCCCAUGAUGACGAGUCUCUCCUUGGUGAUGAUUUGAUCGAAGCCGAUGAUGCCAUCGACGCUGACGACCCCCUGCACAAUACCUCCGACACGGCCCCUCUGCGAGGCAACAUCGAAUCCAGCUCGGCCAACCGAGGCAAUUCCUCUGGCUAUGGCAACUAUCUAACGUCCUCUAUCGGUGGUGAGGAUCGCCGUGCAGUGCAAAAUACCAUCGAUGAGAGUGUUUGGGAGACAUUGUCACGCGACUUGGUUGCCGUGUGGGAGAAGAUGCGCCAGGUGCUUUGGCCGAAGUACUUGCUCGGAGGAAUGAUGCAGCGCGGGGGCAGUGGUACCGCUGAUUCCGAGCAAGGUGGAGUGUCUGGAUUUGGUGGUAACAUUCGGGGACUCGUUGGACGCUGGCCGGAUGCCGACGUGGUCCUGCAGGGUGGCAUGAGCGAUGGGUUGCGGGACUGGGAUCUCUGGGGACCGCUUGUCUUUUGCCUGGUCCUGAGUUUGUUCUUGUCCGUCGCAAAGGGUGAUCAGUCGUCGGUGGUUUUCUCGGGCGUUUUCUGUCUUGUCUGGAUCGGAGAAGCUGCUGUGACUCUUCAGAUCAAGCUUCUUGGUGGCAAGAUUUCCUUUUUCCAGUCGAUUUGCAUUAUCGGAUAUACGCUCUUCCCCUUGGUCAUCGCCGCGAUGCUGAUCGCAUGGUCUUUAGCAGCCGGAGUAAGCAUCUUGGGAGGCUCGGGAGUGGUGCGGAACCGAGUCGGCAUCGCAGUGUACCCGCUGUUUGUGUUCUACAUUGCGAUCGGGUGUCUCUGUUUCAUCAGUUAA